UUAUUAUAGUUAUAAGUUUUUAGUUUUAGCCUAAAACAAUGUCUGGCAUUGAAGAAGACAAACACGUAGAUGAAAAGAAGAUCCCUAAAUCAAAUAUCUCCAUUGAAAAUCCCCAAUGGAUUGGAGAUGCUCUGACUGGUUAUAGAAGUUUUGAAGUCUUGUCUGAGAUAGGAAAAGAUAAUCAAAAGGUUAUCAGAAGAUACUCUAACUUCGUGGCUUUCAGGAACAAACUCGUCACUCAAUACCCAUUCUGUAUCAUACCAAUAUAGUUCCUGAAAAAUCCUACACUGAGAAAGUCACAAGUGAUGACAGUGAAGAAACUAAGAAAAGAAUGAGAGGAUUUGAAAGAUUUUUAAAUACCAUCAAAGACCACCCUGAAUUAAAGUACUCCAGUGAGCUGCACAAAUUCCUGACAGAGACAAACUACUCUAUCGACACAACUUGUACAGACAUCGCUACUUUGGAAGAGAAUACCUUAACUGUCACAAAAUAUGUGUAUAGUUGGUGGGAUACUAUAAAAUCGACAGUAACUGGAUCAUCAGCAAGCACUGAGCCAAGGGCAACAGACGAAAUAGAUUAUAAGUAUCAGAGUUAUCUUCAGAAAUCUCAGAACUUACUUGAUUUCGUAGAAAAACUUUACCAGAACUCAGUCUCGAUGCAAAAAUUGCUGAAUGAUGAAUACGAAAAUACUAGAAACAUUGGAGAAGCAAUGGGACAACUAAAAACAAGCAUCACUGAAUUAGAUGGAAUCAAAGACAUACAGUCAGACUCUAAAUUCCAAGACCAUAACAACGAAGAAGAGAAGAAGGAAAGCUCUAACCCAUCAAUAGCUGAAUCCAAUAAUCCCGAUAAUAUGAAUCAAUCCAUCACAAACAUGAAUCAAGAGAACAAGAACGAUAUCAACAGAGUAAUAAUCUCCAUCGAAGAAGGCAUCUCCAUCCUCACCUCCAUGAUCGAUGCUAUCGAAAGACGUAGCAGGUACAAGCUCAGCAUCCAGACCUUAAGCGAAGAGAUUUCUGUUCUUACACAAUUUUCAUACAGUAACCUAGGCGGGGAGGAGAAAACAAGGGAAAAGGAAUUGAAGAAUAAGAAGAAAGAGCAGAUAAAGAAGCAGUUGGAGAGGAUUGAUAAGAAUUUGGAAACUGAGAUUGAGGCUAGUGUGGGGAUGAUAGAGAGGAAGGCACAGGCGUAUAUUAGUAAGCUGGUCGAUGCGAGGAAGGUACAUCUCCAGAUUCAGAAAAAUAAGUGGAGUAGCAUCUCCAGUAAGUACUCUUUCACUAAAGCUUAG